UACUCUUCUAUUCUGUUCGUUCCUCAACAGUGGCGCUCUGCAAAGCAAAGGUUAUCUGUUUGAUAUGGAAGGUGGAGAGAACAUUCUAGAUAUCAUUCACAAUGAUUAUGAUGAUGGUGAUGAUGUUGAAAUGGUUGAUGUUGAAGAAGGAGAGUUGGUGGAACCUGAUUCCCGGAAUUCUUUGCGACAAAGUGAAGCUGGAGGUACCAAUGAAGCAAAUGAAGACUCUCAUAAUAAAGACCACAGGCUUAGAGCUAAAAAGAAAAGGAAUAAGAGAAAGAAGAAAGCUUCAGGGUCCAACAAGGCAAUUGAUAUAAACAGAUUUGUGAUAGAUGUGUGUCGCCAUUUGAAAGAGAAAAAACAAUAUAUGGUAUACACUGCUGUAGGUUGCCUUGGGGUUUCUGCACUAAGCGAUCUCGUCAAAGAGGUUGAUGCAAUUCAGGCUUGUGGGGGCCAAAAAACAGCUGAUGGCAGUCGAUUCCGGACAGGGGGUGGCAUACUGUGGAACAUCAUUAAAGUUCGAGAACCAAAGGUGUACAAAGAGAUAAUGAAAAAAGUAAAGGAAUUCGAGAAGCAAUUCAGGCAGCCAUACGUUAAGCAACCACCUGUGCCAAAGAAGAUAGAUCCUCCGGAAGGGAUCAACCUUCCGAUUGCUGACAGAGAUGAGGGAAAUGUUUUAGGCAGUGCCUUUCCUGCUUCCCAAAUGCAAGAUCAACAUGAACCAGCAGCAACUUCUGAAGUGAAACCUAUCCCUAUUAUUCAUGAUAGGUUAAGGACCCCUGUUUCGUAUGAUGAUGAUCUGCUUGGAGAGGAUCCAGAAAAAGAUGCAACCUGAUUAUGGAAGUAAAUAGCCCUUUAUCACAUGGCAAGUUUUUGGAGAUCUACUUCACCUCUUUUUCAUACCCCUUUUGGACUGCUACUACAUUCUGUGUUCUGCUUUUCACCCCUCCCCAACUUCUUUUUGCUAUACAACUUACAAGAGAUUGAGCAGCGUUUGUAUAUUCCUUUUUUCUUCAAAGAGAAUCGUGCUAAGUAUUCUCUUUUCUUUUUUUCCCCUUUUUUUAAUUAAAAAAAAUGUUGGGUGUAUAGUGAUUUCAAUUCUCUAAUAUGAAACGCUGCAUUUGUCUAAUAUGAAACCUUGUCUCCGAAGAGGUCUAUUAAAAAUAAUGAACUAAGAACUGGAGGACUUUUUGAGGAUGUACUAA